AUGUCCAAAGAUGAUGCUUGCAAGAUGACAGCCAGCAAACACAAAGAGCGCAAGCCUAAGAAGCCUCACUAUAUUCCCCGGCCGUGGGGCAAACCCUACAACUACAAAUGCUUCCAGUGCCCAUUCACCUGCAUGGAGAAGUCUCACCUAUACAACCAUAUGAAGUACAGCCUCUGCAAGAACUCCUUGUCUCUGCUCAUAGAGUCAGACUGGCCAUACAAGAAGGGCAACGUCCUGCAUCCAGAUCAGCUGCGACCACUCCAACAGGCACAUGGCCUACAUGCUGCUGGAAAAGAUGAGCUAGAGCAGGCGAUACGCACCGAGGAGAAGCAGGGCCGGAGGAGGUCUUUAGAGGAAGAGGAAGGUGAGGGCAGGGAAAUCCAGGGGGUAGAUGAUGAAGAAGAGGGAGGACGAGGAGAGCAAGUAGAGAUUAUUGGGCUGAGCAAAGAAAAUCCCAACAACAGUAGAGGAGAUACUGCAGAGGGGGCAGCUAAGAGGGGCAAACAGCCAGAGUCAGAGCUGCUGAUGGCUGACAUGCUCUCCCUGGAAGAUCAGCUGUUACGAGCACGCUCUGUAGAGGUGGAGGCCCAGCUGAGACACUAUAAGCUGUCAAAGACGUGUCUAACAGCUCCCGGGCUUCUGUCGGAGCAGUGGCGACUUCUGACAUCCAGUCACACGAAGGCCAAAUCAGAAAGUGCUCAGCCUCGCGUGAGUGGUUCAAUCCCCUGUUACCCUCCCCCAAACCUGGUGGACUACCAGGAUCCUACUGGACUCAACCUUUCAGUCCUUGGAGUGGGUUAUCCCAUCAGCCCCAGCCUCUUCUCCUACAUGAACUCAGCUAUUCCCCCUGCAGCUUCCAGUGUCACAGCACAGACCCAUGCACAGCUCGCCCAGCUUCCUUUCCUGGCAUCAGCCGCUCAGCUGAUGCACCCGGCCUCCAGCACGCACACGGACAGAGCUCUCAUCCCCCCUCGUUUCUAUUACCCCUUCCUGUGUGAGCACACACUCGGACCAGCCUCCAGUCAGAGCGAUGCCAGCAAAUCUUUCAAGACUUCCACAAACAGUCUGGAGGGAAGUCCUGUGUCAAGUUUUCAGCCUAAAGUCAAUCUGUGGAAAGUGCCUGCUUUGCGGCCAGGAAACACUGCGUCCCUGUCUGACUGGGCGUCUCCCCAGAGAGACUCCCCCGAGCAGGGGUACAGGUUGGGAGAUAAGAUGCAGGCUGCAGCCAAGGAAGGCAAAGCAAUCUGGGGGUUCAAGAGGACAGGAGCUGCACUGCGAAGUCAUGAGGCCCCUGCAGAGAAAAAGCCAGCCAUGGGCUUUACUUUGGACUUUCUGAAGAAUAUUCAGACGACAUCAACUGAGAAACUUCUUUUCCAAAACAGUUUACAGGAUGCCCAACUUCAGGGCCAGCUGAGUGAACAGUGGUACAACGAUCUCGUCACCAGUCCCAACAGUAAAACAUCCUCUCUGUCUGCCAGUGGAGGUACCAAGAGCCAAGACUCCACUUCUGCAAGGACAAUCGAGGAGGGAGCCUCUGAGUCAGUGGCUGCCCUCCUCAGUGAUCUCUCCAAAGCCCUGCAGGAGUACCAGGAGGCUGAACGCAAAAUCUCCUACCUAGAAAAGGAGGACCUUCCUGCCCAGCGACACCUCUGGGAGCACCUGAACAAAAUCCGCAGUGAGCUGUCCCACAUUCACCAGGCAUUGGAGCGGACGGCUGGCCAAAGUGAUGGACCUCUUGACCUGUCAGUUAAAAGGGACUCUACAGACUCAGUUAGUGAGGAGAGCACAAGAGAGGACGGCAGCCUGAGAGGUAACACAACGGAGACUGAAGAGGAGGAUGAGGUGCUGGAGGAGAAAAAGGAAGACGAUGAGGAUGAGAACGAGAGGAAGGUGAUGAGAGCUUCACUGGAAAGUCGUAAGCAAUCGUUGGACAUGCUGAUCAAGAUGAGUCAGGCGUCGGUGGUAAACACAGAGGUUCUUUCUCCAGGUGGUCUCAGCCUGAGGCCAGCCGAGGCUUUGUGGCCCAGUAGAACCACAAAGUGCGAAGCGGACUCCAGCGUCCUGCUCUGCCCUGAUGGCCGGUCAGUCAUGUUUACUGACAUCCCAUCCUCUGCCAAACCUCCAAAGAGACCACCAUCUAUACAUAGACUGGAAUCCCAGUGUCCUCCAAGUCCCCUGACUGCUCCAGACAGCUAAACUUCUGCUCCCUGACUGUAACUAACUGUUAACUAUUAACAUUCAGCUGUCUUCACUGUUACUGGCAUGCCUUUGAUUUGAUCUGGCUGGAAAAAGACUCAAACUUAUUUUGCACCUUAAAAGACAAACAGAAAAUGAAUGAAAUGUGAAAGAAAAGUGUUUUUGUUUGUUUUUACAUGAUGCACUAAGGAUAUUGAUUGUCACAUUACGGUCCUCCAUUAGCAGGUCCUUUUAGAAAAAUUUUAACAAUUGAAUCCAUUAAAAUCUCAUGCUGAGAGACAAUCUUGUAAAUGAAUUUGUGAAUGCUGUAAAUGAAAUAAAUGUAAUUAAUGUAAAAUACUUUUAUAUGUAUAACG